GCCUCCAGCUCGACCCGCCUCUGGAGGCGGACCCGAGUUGACUUAAACUCUGGGGCCGCCAGGCGCUGCGUUUUCCUCCGCUCGCCCUGGCUGGUUUGCGUGCCCGUUGGACCAAAGAAGUAAACACUGUGUGGAGUGGUACUGACACGUUUGGAAGGAAAUGGGAACAUAUACAGUAAUGAAUGAGUAGUAUCAUAUUUAAAGAUUCCUGACAUUCAAAACAGCUGGCUUUUAAUACACUGCUAUUGCAUCAAAUCAACAAUGAACUGGAAUGCAAAAUCAGAGAGUGUCACCUUACCACCACAGUAUCCUAAAAAACAGGCAUCUUUUUUGGAGCAAGCUUUAGUAAACACACUUACCACAGCAUCUCAAAGUUCUUUAAACCAUCCUGGAAGUAACCAAGAACCAUGCCUAUUUCUCAGUAAUUUAAAUCCAGUUUCACAGCCGAUGCUCAACAUCAGAAAUUAUAAAACUCCUCAACAAAUCCCUAUUUCUGAUAUGCAUAGUGGGACCAUUGUGACCUCACAGACUUCAGUAGAAAGAAUAACAUAUGCAAAUGUUAAAGGACCCAAACAACCAAAUCACGAUUUGCAAAUGUCUUCAGGAGUUACACAGGAUGUAUGGUUGAACUCACCAAUGAGGAAUUCUAUGCUUUCUCAUACAGGGGCAACUGUAUCUCAUCAGACUGGUUUUGGAACGAAUAUGCCCAAUGUACGUGCACUACAGAAUCAAUUUCUAACAUCAGAUACCUAUUCCAUGCAAUUACAAAUGAUCCCUUCUAAUUCUGGAAGAGUUCCUAUAACUUAUCAAGGAAACCCGAGACUUAACCUAUCUUUAUCAGAGCAACAGGUUGAUUGGGCACAGCAGUGUGCAUCCAGUGGAUCGACUUACCCAGAUUACAGACCACUUCCAAAGCAAUAUAGUUAUUCAUCAGGAAGCUUUUUUCAGGAUCCUACUCUUCAGAAACAAACCUCUAUGUCAUCUGUAUCAUUACAAGUUAAAAAUAGUCAAUCUCCAAAUCCUGCCCUGGCUUUACAGUCAAAGCAGAUUGCAACUGUACCGUCAUAUCAAUAUGCGGUUACUCAGACUGACAAAAGACCUCCUCCUCCUCCUUAUGACUGUAGGUACGCAAGCCAGCCUCUGCAAAGUACUCAGCAUGUUGUUAAACACACUAUGGAAGUUCCUCAGAGUCAAGAAAUGCACUUACCUGAAAUGAGGAAAGACUUUUGUAGAGGCUUUCAGCAGCAGUGGCAAAACCUUAAUGAAAAUUUCAGCACAAUGGGAAAUUCCUGUAACUUGAGAGUAAAUACCAAUGUCAAUCAGCCUUUUAAUGAACCUGUUAGAUCUUAUGUGGAUGGUGUUCAGGCUCUUACUCAAAAUAAUCAAGAGAAAAGAGUGGAUUCUCGAAAUCUAACUUCACAUCAAGUACUGGACACAAGUGCCACAAAAGAAAAGUUAGUGAGGGAUAUUAAAACAUUAGUAGAAAUAAAAAAGAAGUUUUCGGACCUUGCAAGGAAAAUUAAAAUUAAUAAAAAUCUUUUGAUGGCAGCAGGUUGUAUUAAAACAGCUAAUACCUCUUACAGUGAAUCAGCUCAAAAUUGUGGGUUGUCUCUGAAACAAACUGCCAAAAUCCAGUCUGGACCACAGGUAACCCUAGGCCCUCCAGAUACUGUGGAGGAUAAACCACCAACGGUAAUGGAAUCUGCAGAAGAAACAAAUAGAACACACAAUACAUUGAAUUCCAACCUUCAGGACAGAAAUUUUAACCAAGUCAGUUCUGUGUUACUAAAUUCUGGCUGUUCGCAAGUUGUGAGUUCUUUAAAGACAUCAACUGUUGAGAUUACCCAGGCAAUAUUAAAUAACACCCAGUUUUCAUCAGGAAAUUUAGUCAACGUUGCACAAAAUGUGCCAACAAAUUCUGAAGCAGCUUCUCUUCCUCAGUCUACAUCCUUUGAGGAAUAUGUUUCAAAGUAUCCAAAUAAAAAUAGGCUAAUUCUCAGUUUACUUGCAUCUGGAAAUAAAACUCAGAAGAAAUUAUUAAAAGAUACUAAUGAACGUAUUCAUGAUUCUAAACUGCAUAGUUUUGAAAUGAAUCCAAAUAUCCAGAACACUGGUAACCAAGUGAAUUUGAAAACCAUGGAAACUCCAGGUACUCCAACUACUUGUAAUAUAAAUGCCAAGAUUUCAAACAACUCUUCUUGCUUUGAGCAUAAAUCCUUCAGUGGAAUGUCUUCUAAAAGUGACUCUCUCUUUUCCCUGGAAUUGCUAGCAACAUGUCUUUCUUUGUGGAAAAAGCAACCUUCAGAACCUAUGGAAGAAAAACAGUGUAAUGAGUCAAAAACAAACACAACAGCAGUUGGAAUUUCAAAGCCUGUGGACAUCUGUGAGAAGAGUCCAUUUUCAGCUGUGGGAAAUUCUCAGAAUAAAAUUGUAAACAGCUCACAAGACACAGUUUUAUCAAUGGUAGCACAGAAUUAUGAGUCUUCCGGAGCAACUACUGUAAAGGGGAUUGCUGUAGUAUCACCCUUAAUUCUUUCAGAUGUCAAAACAUUGUCUGUCAAAGGUGUAACACCUGAAGCUUUACCUGAAACAAUGUAUCCAGUUAUUAAAGAAGGCAGUGUUUGUAGCUUACAAAACAAAUCCUCAGAAAAUACUGCUGCUUUGAAUGUUAAUGAACCAGUGACAAGUACCACAAGCACCAAGAUUCUCCCACUAAUUCAGAAGGAUAAGCAAAGUGAGUCAACUAAUACUAAUUCAGAAGUCACACCUAAUACCAAUCAAGGAAAGCAUAACAAAUCAGAACCAAAUAUCCAGUAUCCUGUGAGUGAUCAGCAAACCUCAUGUAUAUCAAAGGACAGUGAUAUUGUGGGCAGAGAUGUAUUACAGAUUGGCAGUAUUUGUUCUCUUGUUGAAGGUGAUACCUCUUAUAAUUCCCAAAUAGCAAAGAUAUUCAACUUGCCCUCUUUGCAAAAGGUUGAGCCACAGAAACCUGUACCCAAUCACCAAGUAAUGAAUAGUAGACAAAAUGAACAAUUUGACAAUAUCACUGGGAAUAAAGACUUUGACUUUCAAAAAGAUAAUUUUGUGCAGUGCACAGAUGUUUCACAUAAAAUAACUGAUCAGUCAGAGUCACUGCAACCUCCAGAACCAUCGACUUUGAAGUACAUUGGAGCAAAGAGUGGAAUUCUAGAGGAAAGCAGUUUGGAGCGUAUCACUAAAAAUGAAAGCAUAGCUAAAGAUAUGUGUUCACCAGCUGCUAUUCAGCAGGAUAGUUACCCUCAGGAAGCGGCCCAGGAUCCUACAACAAACGAGAAUCUCAAAGAUAAGACAUCAAUCUUAUACCUACAUGAUCAGCUGUCAGAACUUUUAAAAGAGUUUCCCUAUGGUAUUGAACCUGUGAACAUGCAUGAAGGUUUUGUGGUCCAACAAAUGGCACACCAAAUCUCAAAAGCUCAAACUUGUGAUAAAACCGGUUGUGACUCCAAAGACUCAACAGACCAGAUACAAAUUACAAUAUUAAAUUCAGAGCAAAUGAAAGAAUUAUUUCCUGAACAGGACGAUCAACCCAACGAGGUAGACAAACUGACAGAGCCUCAGAAAGAAAAGCCUGUCACAAAAGAAGGGAACCAGUGUAACCCACAAGCACAUGCAGUUGAAGAAACCUGUGAUUCUGUAAUACUGGAUUCAGAAAAAGAUGAUGUCCGUUGCUGUGCAUUGGGGUGGCUCUCUAUGGUUUAUGAAGGAGUACCUCAAUGCCAGUGUAAUUCCACUAAGAACCCAACUUCAAAGGCAGAAAAAGGGAAAGAUCCACAUUCUCCUUUGGAGACUAACGGUUAUAAACAGGGAGAGAGAACCUCUGACAGAGAUGUUCCUAUUGCAUUUAACAGUCCUUCAAAUAAUCAGCUGAAGAUUAUUCUGACUUGUCCAAUUGAGAAAAAAUCUUUUCCUGAAACAGAGCAAGGCAGGAAUAUAAAAGAUAAAUCCAAAUCAGAACAUAACAGCUCAUUAAGGACAGAACAAGAAUUAUCUGGUCACUUUUUAUCUAAAGGUGAUAAAAACCCAGAUUCUUUGCAGAGUCACAAAAGAAAAAGAAAACUGCAAUUUCAUGAGAUAACUUUUCACUCCACUAACAAAAUUACAAAAUUUUCUCAAGAGAGCCUGCAGAGGAAGCUCAUGGCACAAAACUUACGACCACUAAAACCAAAGAUGGGUUUUUUGACAAGUAAAAAUAAAGAUUUGCAUGUGAAGAAUGGUUCUUUGGUACAGUCAGUAUCACCGGAAAAGAGAAAAUUGAAAGCAGGUGGCUCUAAACAAAAAGUUUUGGAAAAGAAGUUAGAUGAAGGGAGCAUACUUGAUUCAGAGAUAAAGAGGAAGAAAUCUGGUAAACAAGAGCAGAAUAAGAAUGUGGGAGGUGGUGCAGUUAAAUUCUGUAACCUUUUCUCAACCACAGGUGAAAGAGCCAGGAUUAAAGAAAAGACAGUGUCAAAUGUUAAGUCCUCAGGCUCUAUGGAUAGCUCAUCUAAAAUUAAUAGAGUUCUAUCACCAAAGGAGUAUUUAUCAAGGCAGAAGCAUAAAGAAGCAUUAAAGAAAAACUACCUGAAAAAUGUACCAUGUGAUUCUCAGUAUAUGAGGUCCAAUAAACUUUCUACACGAGUGGGAAGUUGUGGGAGAUCAAAUGAGAAACACAAUGGCAGUGUACAAACCUCUAAGGAAUCAUUAAAUAUUGGUACAAGCCAUGGUAAAAACCUCAAAGCCCAUCAUUCCAAGGAGUCUAAAACAUACAUUUCAAGGAAUAUUAAAGGAACAGUUGGUGGAAAGCAACCUGAUAAAAUGUGGAUUGAUAAAACCAAAUUAGACAAAAAUUUGAGUAAUGUAAAUAAUGACGUUGAAUUCAGCCAAAUGGCUUCCCAAGCAAAGGAUCAAAGAAAACUGUAUCUGAACAGAGUUGCAUUUAAAUGCACUGAACAUGAGCGCAUUUGUCUCACAAAAUUAGACAAUUCACCCAGGAAGCUUAAUAAAGAAAAGAGACCAGAAAAUAAACCUAAGACCCCUUUACCUGUGAAAGAUACCACAGAGAAACUAAGCAUGUUGGAGUUUAAAUUAUGUCCAGAUGGACUAUUUAAGAAUACAAACCCUGUUAAAGGCCAGAAUGAUCUGCCAUCUACUCCUAGGAAGGAGCAAGCUCCUGUGCAAGUUUCAGGAAUAAAAAGUACAAAAGAAGACUGGUUAAAAUGUGUGACUGAGGAGAAAAGGAUGCCGGAAGCCAACCAAGAAAUAGAUGAUAAUGUUUUGGCUAAUUCAAGACUCUCCAAGAGAAGUUUCAGUGCAGAUGGAUUUGAGACACUACAAAACCCAGUAAAAGAUUCAAAAGCAAUGUUUCAAACCUACAAAAAGUUGUACAUGGAGAAGAAAAGCAGAAGUCUUGGUAGCAGUCCUUUAGAAUAAUUUUGAGACUUUAAUUCUUCUGAUGGUUCUCUAAUUGCCACAAGAAAAUUUCUGUCACUUUCUGUUCAAAUUAUUUUUCUGGAAAUACUCAGAUUGCCGUGAUAAAAUUUCUCGGAGUCUGGUUAUCAUUUUAGGUUAUGUAUGUCAUUAAAGUCACUUAAUUAAAUUGGCUUGAGAACCUUAUUUGUGGGUAGCAGACAUAAAUAGAUGGUAUCUGUCAGGGAAACCAUAAGGUAUUGAAUUCUGACAUUAUUGAACCAAGUUUACCAUUAUUUUAAAGGAAUUAUUAUACAAAUCUUAUUUUGAAAUGCUAACUAUCCAUCCUAAGGGAGACCUGUUCAUUACUUAAGGACUUGUUUAUUUCCUCUGGGACUGUAUUUUUGUUUCUAAAACUUAUUAGCAAAAUUUAUUUUUCAGAAAUCCUCACUGUGAACGUUAAAGUAUAUUCUUAAGUAUUUUAUAUUGAAUUGUAAACUUUUUGUCGGAGUCUUGUUUUAUACUUGUUAAACUGAACAUAAUUUUUGGAUACUGUUUAAAUAUUACUUUUCAUACUUGAAAUAAACAUUUAUUUUUUAAAAAGUA